AAAGCUGGACAGAGGGUGUACACGCCUCCCUCAUCCCGUACUGCUGUGUCUUCACUUAAUCAAGGCACUCAAACUGCCAACUAACAAGAAGCUUUUCCAUGGCGACAGUCUUUCAUUUUACACAUUUAGCUACUUUUCUCGUACUGCUUCACUGCCUAACUGUAUCCUGUGCCACACAAGAUGACCUUGAAAUCAGUACUACGCAUGGGAAAGUACAAGGGAAAUUGCUUUCUAUACCAGGUGGUGAAGUCAGAGCAUUUCUUGGAAUUCCUUAUGGAAAACCACCCCUUGGAAAACUAAGAUUCAAAACUCCAGAACCAGUAGAGAAAUGGGAGGGUGUGAAAGAUGCCACCAAAUUUCCAAAUUCCUGCUACCAGAUGCCCGAUUUAUCCUUUCCAGGGUUCUAUGGUUCUGAGAUGUGGAACCCAAACACACCUUUGAGUGAGGAUUGUCUUUACCUAAAUGUCUGGACCCCAGUUUUCAACAAAACUCAGGUCUCAACACCAGCUCCUGUCCUUGUCUGGAUCUAUGGUGGAGGAUUUGUUGUUGGAACAUCCUCCCUAGACAUCUACCAAGGCCACUUCCUCAGUAAAUCGGAAGGUGUUGUUGUGGUGUCAAUGAAUUACAGACUGGGAGCUUUUGGUUUUCUGUCUCUUCCUGACAACAAGAACAUCAGAGGCAAUGCAGGCCUGCUGGACCAGCGCUUGGCCCUCAAAUGGGUUGCCAAUAACAUUGCUGCAUUCGGUGGUGAUCCUUCAAAGGUGACUAUAUUUGGGGAGAGUGCUGGUUCAGGGUGUGUGGGCUUCCACCUGCUCUCUCCAGGCAGCCAGAAUCUUUUUCAGAGGGCUGUGAUGCAGAGCGGCUCCCCUAAUGCACCCUGGGGCACAAUCAGCUUAAAAGAGGCCUGGGAUAGGUCCCUGAUGUUGGCAAAAUUGGUGGGUUGUUCUUCAUCUAAUCUAGCUCAAAUGGAAACUUGUUUGCAGCAAGCUGAUCCUCAGAAAAUCACAAAUAAGCAAUAUGAAGUCCUGACGGAGCCUUCACUCAUAGCCAUACCCUUUACUCCUCUUGUUGAUGGGGACUUCCUACCAGCUAGUGUUGAAGAGUUGUUAAGUAGCAGUAAUCUCCCAAAAAAGGAGCUUAUGAUUGGCUUAACUAAAGAUGAAGGCACCUACUUUCUUGUUUAUGGAGUACCUGGUGUUAACAUCACCGGUGAGAGUCUGAUCACCAGGAAACAGUUUAUGGAGGGUGUCCGGCUAGAAAUGAACACUGCACAUGAUGUCACAAGAGAGGCAGCCAUUUUUCAGUACACUGACUGGACUGAUGAAGAAAACGGGAUGAAAAACCGUGACUCACUGGGCAGUCUGGUUGGAGACAACAAGUUUUUUUGUCCUGUGUUGGACUUUGCUUACAAGUACUCACAACAUGGUGGUAAGACCUUUGUAUAUUUAUUUGACCAUCGAUCAUCUAUCAAUCCUUGGCCAGAGUGGAUGGGAGUUAUGCAUGGCUAUGAAAUAGAAUUUGUCUUUGGAAUGCCUUUGAAUGCAUCACUCGGAUACACCAAGAAUGAAGUUAACAUGACCAAGAAGUUCAUGAAACACUGGGCCAACUUCGCCCGGACUGGUAAUCCAGAGAUUUAUAGUGCUACCUGGCCAAGGUUCACUGCGUCGCAGCAGGAGUAUAUCACCCUGAACUACAACCAUCCAGAACAAAAGAGGAUGAUGAAAGCUGAAAAAUGUCAGCUGUGGAACAAAUUACUGCCUCAAAUACAGAACACCUCAAAUGAGCUGCUGACUUGUUUGAAUGCAAGUGGGAUCAGUGUUUGCUGUAAUGGCUUAUUUGUCCUUAUUUUACUGAUUAUAAGUUUAACCUGUUGAUUAAGUGAGGAGACCUGCACUCUCUGGAUCUAGGAAAGAAGUUUCAAAUUUAAGUCCUAAUGGACCAACAACUAAUUGUCAAUUUCUACACAAUGACCCAUUCAUUUAAUUCAGUUGUGUCGAAGCUGGGAAACAUUCAACACCUGCAGGACAGCAGCCCUCAAGGAUCGGAGUUUGGCAUCGCUGGAUAUAAGAUUCAUUAGCAAUGCAAAGAUGUUAAAAAAAACUUGCAAUACAUUGUGUUAAAAUAUGUCAGGAACUUCUGUAUUACAGUACACAACCUCAUAAUGGUUGGUGUUGAGAUGUGAAUGUUAUUGUAAUCACAGUCAUAUAUUUAGCGAAAAAUUAAACAUUGAUGUUUGUCAUCUGAAAGUAUGCAUACAAGUUAUGGUUGUGGAAAAUGCAAACUUUGAUUUUCUUUUUUCUUUUUUUUUUUUUAAUGCACUAGUGUUGGGGAAAAACUAUGUAAUAAUGUAGAAUGAAACGGGUUUCUAAAAGCUGGAUGUUGAAAUUUGAUCUACACAAAACUUAUAGUAAAAUUAAGCUACUCAUUGUACUAAUCAUUUUUUUUAUUUUUUAAACUUUUAGAUCCAAAGGCAUCGGAAAACACUUGUUCUUGCACCCUUUGUUGUAUCCUUUAUUGCUAGAUUCCGAGCACAUAUCUGUAAUUAUUUAAAGCUAGUCUAAAACCAAAAGAAAUAUCUGAUUUCAGCUUGAAUACUGUGGUUUAUAUAGAGGUGUACAUUUAGCAUGGAGGACUUUUUUUUUCUUCGUUUUUGUCACAGAAUAAAUUUUCUACCACUG